AUGCCAAAGGAGAUGGAGAGGUCAGUGGUCAGCGAAGCAAUUAGCAGGAGAAAAGCAACAGCUAAGGGAGUCUUGAAAGCAGAAGAUGAAGUAUAUGAGGAAGAAAUAACAGGUGAUAGAGAAUUUAGUUAUAAUGAAAACGAUGAGGAACUUGAACUUAAACAAAAGAUUGAACAACUACAGAUACAGAAAAGAAAUGUUGAAGAAAAGAUAGAACGAAACAAAUUAUUGAAAGACAUGCAAAAAAAGGAAAAAGAAAAGAAAAGACUGAAGGACUUACAGUCAAAGAAAGAAAUGCAAAGAAGGAAAGCAGAAAAGUUGUUGAAGCUGAUUAAAAGAUUAAAAGGAGAGACUAGAACACGAGAAAGAUUUUGCUUACAGUACCUCCGUCUACAACAAACAAGAGAUAUCAUAGACAAACUGGAAAGUGUUUAUGGAAAUGUUAGAUCCGGAGAAUCUGUUUUAACAGAAUUUUACAUGGCAAGACAGAAAAGAGAUGAAGGAAUUGCAGAAUGGGGUAUUAGAUUAGAGAGUAUUAUACAGACAGCUAUACAGAAAGGACAUAUACAAGAUAGUCAAAAGGAUGAAAUGCUUAAGACCAGGUUUUGGAGGCAACUUUAUAAUGAAGACCUAAAGAAUGCCACAAGAAUGUACUUUGAGACUGCAAGAACGUUUGAAGAAUUGAGAAGGAAGUUUAGAAUAGAAGAGAACGAAAUGAAAAGUGCUCUAGAGAAACCCAUAAGAGAGGAGAAACGACACGCACUGAAGAGACAAACAGAAACACAUGAACAGAUGACAGUAUUACAAGACUUAGUAGAAAGGAUAAAGCAGCUGGAAACAGAAAUCUGUAAGACAAGAGAGACAGAAUAUGAAGAUAGAAGAAGGUACAGAAAUGAAAAUAGAGCAGAUACAGAAUAUCACAGAAAAGACGAGGAAUACAGCAGUAGGGAGCAGUAG